AAUUAUCUGCUGAAGCAUUGAAUUCAAACGAAGAAAGUGAAUUUACACUUGCAUUAGGCUGGGCUUUAAAAGAAAACCAAAAAUUUGGAAAAAGAGGCAGAGGUAAAAGAAUCAGUAAACAUGUUAUAACUUAUCUGGAAGGAUAUUUCUUAGUGGGUAACAUUAACAAAAAUGAUCGUUAUACCGCAGAAGAGAUGCAUACUGAAUUACUUGAGCUGGUAAAAACGAGUAACUUAGAAGAAAGUAAUGUUCCGAAG